CUCGAAGGAUCACUUCCUGCUUGCCUUGGGAACCUGAGUUCUUUGAACGAGCUUCGUCUUGGAAGUAACAAACUUGGUGGAGAAUUACCAAGUGAGCUUGGUAAUCUCAUGCAGCUAACUGAGCUUGACCUUUCCCAUAAUUUUUUCAUGUGUCCAAUUCCCUCAAGCUUUGGCCAGCUUACGAUGAUGGAACGCCUCACUCUAAAUGACAAUCACUUGAAUGGUCCAAUUCCUCAAUCUUUGAUGAAUCUUACUGAACUAAGAAACUUUGAUGUUUCUUACAAUUCAUUGUCUGGUGAGCUCUCUGAAUCCGAUCUUGGGGGACUUAAAAGCUUGCAAUUCUUGGACAUUUCAAGGAACCAGUUUCUUGUUCUUAAGGAGAGCCCCCAAUGGAUCCCCCCAUUUCCGCUUGUAGACCUUAGGAUGGAUUCUGUAUUCAUUGGAACCCGAUUUCUUCCAUGGCUUCAAAAUGAAAAAAAUGUUAUUGGAAUAGUCCUGACAAAUACCAGUAUCUCGGGUACUAUCCCUGAUUGGUGUGGGACUAGUUUUCCUAAUCUUAAUUACUUUGAUCUUUCAAAAAACUUCUUAACAGGGCCAGUCCCUGCAUUUGAUGUGAAUUAUUCCACUUACCCGUGGUUUCAAGUUCUUACACUCGCUAACAAUC